AUGUCGCAUAAGCCCCAGUCAGACCACGACAAGCGCAAACAGAUCAGCGUGCGAGGAAUAGCCCAGGUGGAGAAUGUCGCGAAUAUAAAGAAGUCGUUCAGCCGUCAUGUGCACUACACCCUGGUCAAGGAUAGGAAUGUGGCCACCCCGCGAGAUUACUACCUCACCCUGGCCCACACAGUCAGAGAUCAUCUGGUUGGUCGAUGGAUCAGGACUCAGCAGUUUUAUUACGAAAAUGAUCCAAAGAGAAUUUACUAUCUGUCGUUGGAGUUUUACAUGGGCAGAACAUUAUCCAAUACAAUGUUGAACCUGGGUCUACAGAAUGCUGUUGAUGAAGCUCUCUACCAGCUUGGAUUGAACAUUGAAGAGCUGGAAGAAAUAGAAGACGAUGCAGGAUUGGGAAACGGAGGAUUAGGAAGGCUGGCUGCUUGUUUCCUUGAUUCCAUGGCAACUCUGGGGCUUGCUGCUUAUGGUUACGGAUUGAGAUACGAUUAUGGUAUCUUUACACAGAAGAUUCAAAACGGAUGGCAGGCUAGAUUUGCCAAAUUGUAUUUAACUAUAGCAGAAGAACCAGACGACUGGUUGAAAUAUGGCAACCCAUGGGAGAAGGCUCGUCCAGAGUACACCAUCCCAAUACAGUUCUAUGGCUGGGUGGAUAACACACCGCAAGGUCCCAUGUGGAAAGAUACCAAGACAGUUCUAGCCAUGCCAUACGACAGCCCAGUGCCUGGAUACGCCAACAACGUCGUCAAUACACUGAGGCUGUGGUCUGCUAAGGCACCUGCAAGCUUCAAUCUGAAGUUCUUCAACAACGGCCAGUACAUUGAUGCCGUUUGCGAUAGGAACAUCGCUGAAAAUAUCUCAAAAGUCUUGUACCCCAAUGAUAAUUUCUUCGAGGGCAAAGAACUGCGACUGAAGCAGGAAUACUUCUUGUGUGCUGCCACUUUGACAGACAUCAUCAGAAGGUUCAAGGCCUCCAAGUUUGGGUCAAGAGCAGCCAUCAGAACAGACUUCAACCAGUUUCCUGAUAAGGUAGCCAUCCAACUGAACGAUACCCACCCAGCACUAGCCAUACCUGAACUCAUGAGGACCUUUGUUGAUGUUGAGAAGCUGCCCUGGGACCAGGCCUGGUCGAUAGUGACAAAAACAUGCGCUUACACGAACCACACUGUUCUACCUGAGGCCCUGGAGAGGUGGCCUGUCCACUUGUUUGAGAACCUUCUCCCGCGCCAUCUUCAGAUCAUCUACGAAAUCAAUGCCAAGUUUUUAGACCUCGUCUCGAAGAAGUGGCCCGGUGAUUUCGACCGUCUACGUCGCAUGUCCCUCAUAGAGGAGUGUCCGGAGAAGAAGAUCAACAUGGCACACCUGGCCAUCGUUGGCAGUCACGUGAUCAACGGGGUGGCCGCCAUACACUCGGAAAUUCUUAAGAAGACCACUUUCCAUGAUUUCUAUGAGCUGUGGCCUGAGAAGUUUCAGAACAAAACAAAUGGAAUCACACCGAGACGCUGGCUGCUCCUCUGCAACUCCAAUCUUGCUGAUCUCAUUGUCGAGAAAAUUGGAAUGCACUGGAUCACUCAUCUCGAUGAAUUGAGAAGCUUGCAAUCGUUGGUUGAUGACAAAAGUUUCCUCAUCAAACUCGUCAAAGUCAAGCAGGAGAACAAGAUGAGGUUGGCUGCAUUGAUCAGUAAGGAGUUCAAUGUCAAGGUCGAUCCAACAUCCAUGUUUGACAUGCAGGUGAAACGUAUCCACGAGUACAAACGCCAACUGCUCAACAUCCUGCACAUCAUCACCAUGUACAAUAGGCUAAAGCAACAGCCAAACAGACCUUUUGUGCCUAGGACUGUCAUGAUUGGUGGAAAGGCUGCUCCAGGCUACGAUGUCGCCAAGUUGAUCAUCAAGCUCUUCAAUAAUGUUGGCCAGCGUGUCAACAACGAUCCAGCGAUCAACAACAAGCUGAAGUGCGUCUUCCUGGAGAACUACAGAGUCACUCUGGCGGAGAAGAUCAUUCCUGCCGCCGAUCUCAGUGAACAGAUAUCUACUGCUGGCACUGAAGCCUCUGGCACUGGAAAUAUGAAGUUCAUGAUGAACGGUGCUCUCACCAUUGGAACAUUGGAUGGAGCGAACGUGGAGAUGUUGGAAGAGAUGGGUCCCGACAAUAUCUUCAUCUUUGGAAUGACUGUUGAUGAAGUGGAAAAAUUGGCUACUUCCGGUUACAAUCCAAUGAAAUAUUACGAGAGCAAUGCGGAACUGAGGCAAGCCAUCGAACAAAUACACGGAGGCUACUACUGCCUGCCUGGCGAGCCCAACGAUCUCUUCCACAAGCUCACUAACAAUAUCCUCCAUCAUGAUAAGUACAUGCUGUGUGCUGAUUACGAAGCGUAUGUUGCUGCCCAGGAUAAAGUCAGUGAGACUUAUGCCAACCAAGACAAGUGGACUCGCAUGUCCCUCAUGAACAUAGCCGCUUCUGGAAAGUUCUCUUCAGACCGCACAAUCGCCCAGUACGCCAGGGAAAUAUGGAGGGUUGAACCAUCGUACGAGAAACUGCCCACUCCGUGUGAGAACCCUCUGAAGGAGCAGGCAGGCAUAGAGGAAACCCACACUGCUUAAUUAAUCAUCCGUGGGCUGAAUGAGUGUGUGUGUGUGUGUGUGUGUGUGGGUGUGACACUCGAAUGAUUAUUUCUGUGCGCUUGUGUGUGUGUGUGUGUGGCCAUUGAACGUGUGUUUAGUUGGAUGCAUCUGGUCGUUGUGUGAUUAUUUAUUUGUCAAUUUAUUUUUAUUAAUAACUAUAAUUAUUUUGUUAGUUUAUUCAAAUUUCUGGUUCUUUAACUUAA